AGCUCUUUGUUAUGCAUUUUAAUGGCGCUUAUACUUUUUUCUAUACGGCUUGUAUGCAUACGGUUGAUUCUUCUAACAAAUUGUAGUGUUCUUUAUUUGUUGCAACUGGCAACCUGAGACAUAUGAAAUAGGGUAAAAAGAUCAAAUUGCAUGAUGCCCAGUGGGGUAUUCUACUAUGAUAUUCAUGGUUGAUCUCUCUAGUUAUAAAUCAGGGAUGAUGUUUUGAAUAUGGGCCCUCAGUGUUUUUUAGCAUUGAGAAUUUAAUUCCCUUCGCUUUUUGGGUUAAAGGGUCGGGAAGGGAUGCUUAUAGGUUUCUGCAAUCAGGUAUAUCAGAUUUUAUUCCAGAUGCCCGCUUCUCUUGGUAUGUUGUUUGUUAGAAAAAAACUGUGGCUAUGCAGUUUCAUGUAUGUGGAUGAGGAUGAGUAUUUGGUCUUCUUUACUGGUUUCUGGUGCUCUGGCAUACUGGUUGAGAUAACUCUUGCAAUAUCUUUGCCAAUUACAACAUUACCAUUCUGAAUUCCUUUACACAGAGUUUCAUGCUAAUUAUGAACUAUUGAUAGAUUAAUUUCCACUGCAACUGAAAAUUUUAUGUUCAGGAAAGUUAUUAAAUAUGAUAGAUCAUGGUGGCCCCAGUCUGAUGCAGUUAUGUGUACACAUGUUGAUGGGUCAACCUUUAGAAUGAUCUCAAAACAUCUAAUGACAUUUGAAUUUAUACUUUAAUAUUCUUGUUUUAGUUAAUCGUUUCCUGAUUUUCUUUGUUAGAAUGACUUUUAUUGGGAGUUCAGUCUUGUCCAUUCUUGUAAUGAAAAUGCUAUAUGGAUUCUUUUUCCCACAUGGUUUGUGCUUAUCAUUUGUCGAAGGUGUGAAUCUUGUUUGUUAAAUUGAAUGAAUUGGUUUCAUUUAAAGAUUAGUAGUGGGAUCAGAGUUGUACUCUUGCUUUUGUCAUGGUUUGUUGCACAGAUCUUAAUCUGAUGAUAGUUGUGAUCAUGGUCAUGCAAUUGUGUUGAACUCUUGUGGGAUGGGAUAAAAAUGUGCAUCAAAUCAAUUCACUGUUUUUUGUUAAUACUUUUUGACCAUUCUAAUUGAUGUGCAAUUAGGAUGGUUGAAUGUUGUAGUUUGGUCCUAUGACCAAGCAUUGUUAAGUACAGAAUUGGUCUUGUGGUUGGGUUUAAUGCCUUUAUGGUUUGAUUUAAUACCUUUUGCCCCUUCUUCUUGACGAUGGAGGGAUCCGAUCAUUACAUAAACAGAUACUUCAAUCAAUCUUAAUAGGCGUUGAUCUUACUGUUUUCGUGAUUCUGAUAAAUUUUAAGAGCAAAUAUGCUAAAUGAGAUCCCUUCCUUCCUUGUAGAUACAAAGUACUAGCAGUCUAGCACCAUAUCCAAAUCCCAAUUGUAGCCAUUAUGUUUUGAGAUUCAGGAGAAAGAUCUCUUAAACUAUAGAGAAAAGCGGCAAAGACUGCGGCGGGAUGACAUAUCCACGUGGCAUGUGAAUUUAGCUUUAUAAAAUACAACAUGACGUGGGUCCAAUGAAAUAUAGCCGUUACAGCAAGAACUAACCCCCCGUAUUCUUCUUAAGGUGAAGAAGACGACGACCAAUUUUUAUGGUAUGGAAGUUAAACUAGCCGUUAGAAUUUAUGUUAGAUGAUGAAGACCCCCUCCCACUCCCAUCUCUACUGACUUUGUCUCCCGCAGUAGAACAAGACUCCCUACUUCUUUCUUUCUUUCUUUCCCUUUUUAUUUCUCCUUACUUCGCUUUUACGCUCUCAUCUUCUUCUUCUUCAUCUUUCUCCAAACACCCUUGUCCUCUUCAUCUCAUAUCUGCAUCUAUAAAGGGAAACAAGGAAAAGAGAAGAUAAAAGACGAGGAUAUCCAAUUUAUCUCUUCUCCUUCCUUCUGCUUCCCUUGCAUUUUCAUGGAAAAUACUUGUCUCUUCAUUGAAUCUUGCUCAUACCUGUUCCUAUCUAUGCUUAAAAAGUAUAUUUCAGAUUCGGAGAAGGCCAAAUGGAAUAUAAAACCACAUAAGAAACUUAUAUCCCCCUUUGUGUCUAGAAACAAGCUCUUCCUCUUUGCUCGCUUGUUUCUGUUCCUGCUACCAUUUUCGUCUCAGCUUGUUUCAGGCCAGCACUGGGAUGGGGUAAUUAUAACCCAAGCUGAUUAUCAAGCUCUUCGAGCCAUAAAACGCGAACUCAUCGACUUCAAAGGAUUCGUACGCAGCUGGAAUGACAGCGGCUAUGGAGCUUGCUCAGGUAGGUGGGCUGGAAUCAAGUGUUCUAAGGGACAGGUGGUCGCUCUCCAACUUCCUUGGAGGGGACUAGGUGGCCGCAUUUCCGAGAAGAUUGGUCAGCUUCAAGCUCUUAGGAAGAUUAGCCUCCACGAUAAUGUUCUUGGCGGUCCAGUUCCUUGGUCUCUUGGGUUUCUCACUAAUCUCAGAGGAGUGUAUCUCUUCAACAACCGUCUUUCAGGUUCCAUGCCUCCUUCAGUUGGUAAUUGUCCUGCUCUUCAAACUCUUGAUCUGAGUAACAAUUCACUAACCGGUACAAUUCCUUCUAGUCUUGCCAACUCUACUAGGUUAUAUAUACUUAAUUUGAGCUACAAUUCUUUGUUGGGUUCCAUCCCAGUUCGUCUCACCAGGUCACCUUCUCUCUCUAUUCUUGCUUUGCAACAUAACAAUCUUUCUGGUUCUAUUCCAGAUACUUGGGUUGGAACAGGAAACAAUUCUUACCGACUUCGGUUCUUGACCCUUGAUCAAAACUUCCUCAUUGGAACAAUUCCAGUUUCCCUGAGCAAGUUGAGUUUACUUGAACACAUUUCUUUAAGCCAUAACCAGAUUACUGGAACCAUACCUUAUGAACUAGGGAAACUAUCAAAACUCCAGAUGCUAGACAUAUCAAGCAAUGCUAUCAAUGGGAGCUUUCCUUCUAGCUUUGCCAACCUCUCCUCUCUUGUUUCUUUAAAUCUAGAGGGCAAUCGCCUUGAUAACAAAAUCCCAGAAGCAUUGGACAAUCUGCAAAACCUUACAGUGCUCAACCUCAAAAAUAAUAAUUUGAGCGGCCAUAUCCCAGCAACUAUUGGCUACAUAUCUGGCAUCUACCAAUUAGAUUUAUCUGGAAAUAAUUUUACUGGAGAAAUACCGGAUUCACUUGCCAGCCUAGCCAAUCUUAGUCAGUUCAAUGUUUCUUUCAACAAUCUCUCUAGUGCUGUCCCAUCUCUCCUCGCCAAAAAAUUCAAUUCAAGCUCUUUUCUGGGCAAUCUUCAGCUCUGUGGCUACAGAAAAUCAACCUUAUGUCCAUCUCCUGCUGCUGUCAAUCUUUCACCUGCACCAGUGGAGGCACCCAAACACCAUCACAGAAAACUUAGUAUCAAGGACAUCAUCCUCAUAGCAGUUGGCGGCCUUCUAGCGAUUCUGUUAACAUUAUGCUGCAUUUUACUCUGCUGCUUACUUAAGAAAAAGGCUAGUUUGAAACAAAAGAGUGGCAAAAUGGGGGCUGCCAUAGGAAAAACGGAGAAGGCAGUUCCUGUGGCAGGCACUGAAGUUGAAGCGGGCGGUGAAAUGGGUGGAAAAUUAGUUCACUUUGAUGGUCCAUUUGUCUUUACAGCUGAUGAUCUAUUAUGUGCCACUGCUGAGAUUAUGGGGAAGAGCACUUAUGGUACAGCGUACAAGGCAACUUUAGAAGAUGGAAAUCAAGUUGCUGUGAAGAGGUUGAGGGAGAAGACUACAAAGGGACAGCGGGAGUUUGAGACUGAGGCUGCUGCACUUGGAAAGAUUCGCCAUCCAAACCUCCUUGCCCUUAGGGCCUAUUACUUGGGUCCCAAAGGAGAGAAGCUUCUUGCAUUUGAUUACAUGCCCAAAGGAAGUCUGGCAUCUUUACUCCAUGCUCGAGGGCCAGAAACCACCAUUGAUUGGCCAACAAGGAUGAGAAUAGCAAUUGGGGUUACACGAGGAUUGAACUACCUACAUACCCAAGAAAAUAUUAUUCAUGGAAACCUCACAUCAAGUAACAUACUACUUGAUGAGCAAACCAAUGCCCACAUUGCAGAUUUUGGCCUUUCUCGGCUAAUGACUGCUGCUGCCAGUACAAAUGUGAUUGCCACUGCAGGAACACUCGGCUACCGAGCACCAGAACUCUCAAAGCUCAAGAAUGCCAGUACAAAGAUUGAUGUGUACAGCCUUGGAGUGAUCAUACUGGAGCUUCUUACAGGGAAAUCCCCCGGUGAGCCAAUGAAUGGCAUGGACUUGCCGCAGUGGGUGGCAUCCAUUGUAAAAGAGGAGUGGACUAAUGAAGUUUUUGAUUUGGAGCUUAUGCGAGAUACAACAAGCAUAAAUGAUCAGUUGCUUAACACAUUGAAAUUAGCUCUCCAUUGCGUUGAUCCCUCACCUGCAGCACGUCCUGAAGUUCAGCAGGUUGUGCAGCAAUUAGAAGAGAUUAGAGGUGGCUGCUGGGUCUGGUGAUAA